GCGUCGGGCCACCCAACGCGUAUGGUCCUCUUGCACUGUUGCAGAGUCUUGCACAAGUCCUAUGAGGCCUGCAGUCAAGCUUUCAUCGACAUCUCUCGGGGAUGUCCAACUCUACACUCUUCGCCACUUGCUCUUUCGCUGCUGCUGCUCUUACACGUUCCUCGCCUGCACCAUGCAUGAGUUGCUUUAGCUCAAAAGGAGGCCAUUCGGCUCAAGCACUCACUCCCAAUAUCUCCCCUGCGCCCGCGAUGGCAAUCCGAGCGAGGCGAGACACGAGUCGAGCACAGCACCAGGCUAGAGCUCUCGAUGAUUUUUUGUCACCCGCCGACCUCUCCCAUGGCGCCGCGCAAUCUCUCCGAUUCAACGCAGAAAAGCCCGUGUUCUCUGGUGCUCGCGCUUUGGCUCGACGCGCUUCCUCUCUGCGACCUGAGACAACACAAAUGGGGACGAGAUUCGCUGCUGCUAUGUACAUCGUCAGCGCGAUCUUCCCAUUCAUUAGGGAACACCUUCUCCCUCAAGUGCACAGUGCAUGUAUUAUCCCAUACUGCAUCGUCGCGCCUGUGCACGGCCAGCCUCGGCGCCGCAGCGACCACUUUUGGGGCAACACCCGUCCAUUAGUGUCGAUUGAGCAGGCUGGCGUGAGUGGAUGUGCGUAGCACUUUCGCCACUCACGAUCCCUUCGUACCCCGGUAAUGUUAUCGCGCGCUAUGCAUUCGCACUCGUCGCAUUGCCCACCCUGCUGCUCCCACAGAUGAUCCCGC